AUGAGCUGCGUCAUGAGCUCGUUUGAUCCACUUGGAAUGCUAGCAACGUUCACCACUCACGGAAAAAUGCUAAUCCAGGAUUUGUGGCGUAGUGGCAGCGAUUGGGAUCAACCGAUCGACGACGAUUGCUGUGAUAAGUGGAAUCGGUGGAUCACUCGACUUCCAGAGGUUGAGAACGUGAAGAUCCCACGCUACUACUUCCGAAGAUGCAUCAAGACGCGUACGGGUGCGGCUGCGUAUUUUCGCGUUUUGACCGACGAAGGGCCGUUGUGUUCCCUGGUGAUGGCGAGGUCGAAGGUCGCACCGUUGAAGAUGCUUUCAAUUCCACGUCUCGAGCUGCAGGCAGCAGUCGUAGGAUCCAGGCUAAUGAAUUCCGUGAUCGAGGCUCAUUCGUUGGACGUGAAGAAAAGGUUCAUCUGGUCCGAUUCAAGGACGGUGAUUUCGUGGAUUCAGUCGGAGCAGCGCCGAUACAAACCAUUCGUAGCCUUUCGAAUUGGUGAAAUUCUGAGUCUCACGAAACACAGUGAGUGGCGGUGGAUCUCUACGAAGAGCAAUAUUGCCGAUGAUCUAACGAAGUGGAAGAAGGGAAGCAGUUUGGAUUCGAAUGGUCCAUGGUUCCAAGGCCCGCGAUUCCUGUAUCAGCCGGAAGAAGAAUGGGCGCAGCAAGACAGCGUGGAGCCGAAUACCACAGAAGAAGUCCGAGCAUGUCAUCUGAUUCAUGAUGUCUCGAUAGUGGAGUCCGUGGUAGAUGCGACGCGUUUCUCGCGUUGGAAAGUUUUGGUCAGAACGGUAGCGUGCAUGUACCGGUUCACGUCCAAUUGCAUCAGAAAACGGGAAGGCUUGGCGAUUGAAACGGUGUCGGCACCAGCAAGGGUGCAACGAUUGGUGAAGCGGUCUGUACAAGCGGUGGUGGUUCCACUGAAGCGAGAGGAGUUUCAACGUGCUGAAGUCUACCUGUGGCGUUCUGCGCAGUCGGAGUUUUACGGGGAAGAAAUCAAGAUCCUGUUAAAAAACCGAGAGCUUCCGUACACCGAAUGGCAUCCGUUGGAGAAAAACAGCAGUCUGUACGACCUCAGCCCAUUCUUGGACGAGGAAGAUGUGCUACGAAUGGAGGGCAGAGCGGCUCAGGGUUCAUUUCUUCCAUUUGAACUCAGAUUCCCCAUCAUCUUGCCCAGAAAGCAUCAAAUCACGACCAGAUUGCUGGAGUACUAUCAUCAGCAAGCAGCUCAUGCGAAUUCGGAGACUGCUGUAAAUGAAAUUCGACAGCGUUUCCGGAUUCCAAAUCUCCGGACGGAAUUGAAAACAGUGGCAAAGGCGUGCUUGUGGUGCAGAGUGAGAAAGUGUAUUCCGAAAAUCCCGAGAAUGGCUCCACUUCCAUUGGCGCGAGUUACUCCAGGUUUACAGCCCUUCAGCUUCACUGGCGUUGACUACUGUGGGCCAAUCACUGUUACCGUUGGACGUCGAUCGGAAAAGCGGUGGAUUUGUCUCUUCACUUGCCUAGCAACGAGGGCAAUCCAUCUUGAGGUCGCUCAUAGCUUGUCCACUCAGUCGUGCCUGAUGGCCAUCCGACGUUUCGUUUGCCGAAGAGGCAAGCCGAUCGAGUUUUUCUCGGAUAACGGCACAAACUUCCAGGGCGCCAGCAAGCAAAUUAUGCAGAAGAUCGAAGGAAACUGCGAGGAAGAGUUGACGGAUUCCAGGACCCGCUGGAACUUCAAUCCUCCAAGUGCACCUCACAUGGGCGGUAUUUGGGAGCGGUUGGUUCGCUCGGUGAAAGCAGCGUUGGAGGUGCUCAACGACGGACGACGAUUGACGGACGAGGUGUUGCUGACUGUGUUGGUGGAGGCUGAAGACCUGCUCAACUCUCGUCCCCUGAUGUACUGUGGUCUCGCACCGAAUGCGGGAGAAGCCCUCACGCCGAACCAUUUUGUGAAGGGAAUCGGGGCGACUGAUCAGCUGUGGAAGAGAUGGGUGUCGGAAUAUUUGCCCACGAUCAACAAGCGAUCGAAGUGGCAUUCGGAGGCACAACCAGUUAGUCGUGGAGACCUGGUUUACAUCGCAGACGAAGGAACGCGGAAGAGCUGGACACGGGGCAUGGUGUUGGAAGUCUACCCUGGAGCAGAUGGAAGGAUUAGGCAGGCGUUGGUGAAGACGGUGAAAGGAGAGUACAGGCGCCCGGUAACGAAAUUGGCGGUGCUGGAAAUCCAGGAUAGUAAAUCUGGCUCCAUGGAGGGACCCUCACCAGAAUUACGGGGAGGGGGUAUGUGCGCACCGCCGAGCACUGGUCACAUACCUUGCGCCGUGCCGUACCUGUGGAGCGCAAUGAACGUUGCGCCUAAACGUCAAUGA